GGCGCGUCAUUCAUCUUGCAGUUGGCGUGUGCAGUUAUGAGAGAAUUUCAGCAAGCCACACAUUGGAAGAAGCGAAUGGAAUAUAUGUUGUGUGAUUAACGAAUAGCAGAUUUCGUGGGCGAAAAAACAUUUACGAGACAUUAAAAAUUGAGCUAUAUUGCUAAUAUUGAGCUAUAUUGCUAUAUAGAGCUAUAUUGCUAAUAUUACCCAAAAGUCGAUUUAUAAGGCGAUGGAUUAUUGCAAAACAUAAAGCACACCAUUUCUUCGUCAUAAUUUAGCGUUUAACAAGGAUUGCGUCUUUACACACACACACAAAAUAAAAUUCCGUACAGAGGACUACAGUACUGGUACUGGAAUAUAUAUAGAUCUACCGUAGAUAUAUUUUGCUGAAAUCUACCAAAGAGAAAAGAUAGAGUGGACUGUCAGAUAUUGCGGCACGGCUGUGGGUGUAGGAACAAUAACUAAGAGAGCUGUGGUUUUGUUGUUGUCACGACGUGCAGGGGGUCUUCAAACAAAUAUUCUCCCGUUAAGAACUGCCCCUGGUUUAUUGAUGCACCCAUUCCAGUGGUGUAACGGAUGUUUCUGUGGUUUGGGGCUGAUUUACUCAAAUAAAUCGUGCACGAUGCCUCCAAUCACCUUCCUGGACAUCCCGUCGAACAUUUACAUGGUCAUCUUCGGAACAGGGAUCUUCAUCUUAGUACUCAGUUUGAUCUUCUGCUGCUUCUUCAUCAGUAAACUCAGACACCAGGCACAAUGUGAGAGAUUCGGAUACAAGGAGGUUGUAUUGAAAGGAGAUGCAAAGAAGUUAAAUCUGCAUGGGCAAACCUGUGCUGUUUGCCUUGAAGAUUUCAAAGUGAAGGAUGAGCUGGGAGUGUUGCCAUGCCAGCAUGCCUUCCACAGGAAGUGUUUGGUGAAAUGGCUAGAAGUUCGCUGUGUCUGUCCAAUGUGCAACAAACCUGUAGCUGGAACUACAGAGCCACACCAUGGCAUUGGGGUGCUUCUAGAUGAACUGGUGUGAAUGGAAAUUGUGACUAACACUAGACUAGACCACAUAUUUAAUUCAAAAAGAAGAUUGCAAUACUUGACUGUUCACAUUCCAGUGCAUGAUGAGGUGAUGAUGAGGAUGAUGAUAGUGCUGUUGCUGUUGAUCUCGUCUUGGAUAUUCUUGAAGUCAAGUUGAAGCAGUGGUUUAAUCUGUGACACUGAUGGAAGAUAUGAAAAGUCAAAAGGAUGGUUUUUGAGCUGCAGCUGGCGUUAUCUUCAGUGAUGUUUUUACUGAACGUAGAGUGAGGACAACUUUUUGCUAAAUAAAAAUGGAUAAUACCCAAAUAGAAGCAACCUAAAUUUUAAAAUGUUAAAAGCAGAAAUUUAUAAAUUAUACUCAAUGUGUUUUUUGAGUAAGGGCUAAAUUGUUUUUGGUUUAAUGGAAAGAAUGUCAAAUGUUAAUAUUUUAUUAAAUCAAUUUUCAGGUUAAUAGAAAUAUUAUUACUACUACGGCAUAUACACCAAUUUGUGCAUAUGGUUUUCUAUAUCUAGCGGUGGUUUUCCUAUUGAGUCAACUGUCAAUAAGGGAUUAGCUCAGUUGAUCACCUAAAUAAAUAGUGAAGGACGCCCUCUCUGGCUCCAGUAAGGCACAGUGCUGGCAGAGUCUUUACAUUUUUUUGUUGUUAUAAACCUGUUUUUUCAUGGAUGUUAUUUCCCUGUAUUUUGGAUGUAUCUAGUAAUGUAACAAGUGGAUUCAUAAGGGGGGGAUUAUUAUAGAGUUAAAGGGUGGCAGUAUUUAGAUCAUUAAAAUAGACCCCUACAUUGUUUUUGUAAUUUUGGAGGAUUAAGCAUGUUGUAAAUACUUGGUAUAUUAACGUUUUGUAAUUUCCUAACCCUGGGGGAACCCAAAGCAGCUAUUACUUCCCUUGAUUUAACACUAGAAGCCCGCGACGGUCAUUUUGACGAAAUUUGGUUUUAAAAAAUAAUUUUCUUCGGUGGUGUAACACAUAUGGGGCUGUGCGUUCCUGUACCUUUCUGUCCGUAUGUAUUCAAUAUUCUCACAAAGCAUGAAAACGGGAGUGCAGAAAUAAAGGAGAUAUAUUACAUUAUACCUAAAAGCCGCAGGAGCAGUCACAUUGACGGCCACACAUAAAACAAUUGUAUUUAUUAUACAGAACGGUAUUCUACUUUAUUAUUUUUAUUUACCAGUCUGCAAUGUGUUUAGCUGUAAUUCGAUUAGUCUCUACUCUCUGCCUGAGUGAAUGACUGACAGUCUAUAUUGUUUUUCAAUCAGCCUUGUGAAAGGCUGGCACCUGCUUGCCACCUGCACUGCUUUGGUCAGUCAAUUAGCAGCGGGACUAGUGAAAAUAAAUACCAGAGACCGUGGAGUUUUACAAAGCAACAAAAUAUGAAACUGAUGUCUGGAUCAGAUGGCACGGAAGUAUUCUGUGAAAGCUGGCUCUCGACGGUGGCCUGUUCAGGUGUUUUACAAUGUAUUGGGUACUUUACAAAGAAU